AUGGCUACAACCCCAAAUGAUAGACCUGUCUCACAGACUUUAGUAACUACUUUAAAAUUUGAUCCAAAUAUCAAUCAUAUGUCAAACAGAUAUCGAAUCAUUUUGAAUAAUAAUUCAUAUCCUAUAACUCAAUCUCUUUCUGAUAAUCCACUUCAGCCAAUAUGUAGAUCAACGUUUUCUGAAGAAAUACCUUCUUGGGAUAUGACGGUAUACAAAAAUCGCUUAAAAACAUUUGCUGGAGUUUGGAAAUUACGAUUUAUAACCCCUACCCAAAUGGCCAAGGCUGGAUUAUAUUAUAUUGGCAUACAAGAUCGUGUUAGAUGUACGUUUUGUUAUUCAGAAUAUGAUUAUUGGCAACAUGGUGAAGAUCCGUUUGUUGAACAUAAAAAACGGUCUCCACAUUGUGCAUUUUUUAAUGACUCUUCUGGUAAUUAUAAAAUACCUAAAUUUAAUGCUUUUGUAAUCUGA